AUGACCAAGUUACAAGGAAGAGAACUUUUUAAUGCCAUUGGUCAGCCAAAGAGAAUUGUUGCACCAAUGGUUGAUCAAUCAGAAUUAGCAUGGAGAAUUCUUUCAAGAAGAUAUGGUGCUACUUUAUGUUAUACACCAAUGUUUCAUGCUAAAUUGUUUGCCACUAGUGAAAAAUAUAGAAGAGAUAUGUGGUCUGAAUGGGAUGGUGAUGAAUCAAAAGAUAGACCUUUAGUUGUACAAUUUUGUGCAAAUGAUCCGGAUUAUUUAUUACAAGCUGCAAAACAUGUUGUUGGUAAAUGUGAUGCUGUUGAUUUAAACUUGGGUUGUCCACAAGGUAUUGCUAAAAAGGGGAACUAUGGUGCCUUUUUAAUGGAUCAUUGGGAUUUGGUUCAUAAAUUAAUUAAUAAAUUACAUACUGAAUUAGAUAUUCCAGUUACUGCUAAAAUAAGAGUUUUCGAAGAGAAGGAAAAAACUUUGGAGUAUGCUAAAAUGGUUCUAGAUGCAGGUGCACAAUUCUUAACAGUUCAUGGGCGUUUAAGAGAACAAAAGGGUCAAAAAACUGGUUUAGCUGAUUGGGAAAUAAUAAAAUACUUGAGAGAUAAUUUACCAAAAGAUACAGUUUUUUUUGCAAAUGGUAAUAUCUUAUAUCCUGAAGAUAUCACAAGAUGUUUAAAUCAAAUUGGAUGUGAUGCAGUCAUGAGUGCAGAAGGUAAUUUAUAUAACCCAGGUGUUUUCGUUGAAGAAGAUAAUAUUGAUAAACAAUUUCCAAGAGUUGAUAAACUUGUACGAGAAUAUUAUGAAAUUGUUAAAAAUUGCCCAGGUAAUGCAUCAAAAAUUGCAAUGAAAUCACAUUUUUUCAAAAUUUUAAGACCUUUCUUACCAAUUCAUACAGAUGUAAGAGAAUUAAUUGCUAAAUCUUCACCAAAACAUAAUUUUGAUGAUGUUGAAGAAAUUGUCAUUCAAGUGGAAAAAAUUGUUAAAGAAAUUAGCGAAAAGCCAGAUUUUGCAGAAUUAGAUAAAAUCACUACAGGUCCAGUAGAAUUAUGGGGUGGUGCUUACAAACAAAUUCCAUAUUGGCGUGCACAACCAUAUUUUAGACCAGUUAAUGGUGUAACUGGUGAUAAAAGAAUAACAGAAUCAUUGAAAAAACAAGAUGAAACCACUGAAGAAAUCGAUCAACAAAAGAGAAAAGCUGAAGAUGAGCUAGAAAAUAACGAUGUAAAGAAACCAACUAAUUAG